AAGAAAUACCUCCGAGCCUACCAUUACAUAUCUCCAACACGCUCUGGAAACUACGACUUUAACAUAGCAAUUAGGAAUUUUCAACAUUUCAUGGGUUUACCAGUCACUGGGAAUGUCGACGGAGCCACAAUAAAAAUGAUGAGAAAACCACGGUGUGGUGUAGCAGAUGUCGAAGAUGGUGCUUUCAAAACUCGUAAAAGGCGGUACAGUGUUUUUGGCUCCAAAUGGUCUAAAACGCACCUGACUUAUUAUCUCCAACCCGGCCAGGAUCUGUCGCGUUCAACACAAAACCGAGUAAUCGAACGUGCCUUGCAGUAUUGGAGUGAGGUGUCUCCGCUAACGUUUUCGCGCGUUGGUCAUCCAAGCCAGGCAGAUUUGAAAAUGAGGUAAGCUGCAUGAGGUUCCUGACAUUCUGUCUAUAAAUGUCGGUCCAAAGGCGUAAAGGGUACCAGAAAGCUUUCAGGUAGUCCUUAGCAAGCCACGAAGCUUACUCUUCUCUUAGAUUCCUAUGUCUACAUCCGCAGUGCCCUUUUAGGUUGAUUUGGGAAGGCCUCUUUUUAUUAUACAUUUCAAUAUUAUUCUCCGCAAGUGACCAAUCCAACACUAUCUUUUAGCGUGAACGAUUUCUAUCACCCCCUUCUCUUUCAGUUUUCAGAGCUCAUUGUUGGAAAUCUCUCUAUGCCGAAGGAUAUGCAAGAUUUGUCUGAAAGGAAUACGAAUUUUUAAGUCUAAAUUGGCUAAAUCGAAUAUAAGUAUUCCUGUCAAAAGAAAUAGUUAAAGAAAUAAUGACCAAAAACUGAAAUGUGGGAAAUAACGGGGAGGAAUGUGACCCUGAGAUAAAAACCAGUUGCAGAACUAAGCUUAGGAAAUAAGGUUUAUAUCGGUGUAAACUUUAACAAAAGAUAGUAGCCAAAAUAUUUUUUACAUCAAUCCUUUUGUGAUGCUAUAAUUGCUGUUGAUUUUACAAAACAAAAUAAAGUAAGCAAUGUUUUGCGGUGCUAACCAGGUCGCUUCUACUAGACAAUUCGUUUCGCAAACGUGACAUUUGGGAUGAUUCAGACGAAAAAUCCUUGUCGUUAAAUCAAACGUGGAAAAGUUUUAUCCAUUGUGCUGCGAUUGUAUUUAUUCAACCAUAGUUUUGGCCCAAGAACUCACGAAGGAACUUCAGAAGAAAACACGUGCGGUUACCCUUUUGAUGGAGAAGGUGGUGUUCUGGCGCAUGCAUUCGCGCCAUCUGAUGGUCGACUCCAUUUUGAUGAAGAAGAAACCUUCACUGACCUCUCUGAACAAGGAACCAAUUUGUUGUACGUUGCUGUUCAUGAGAUUGGACACAAUCUUGGUCUGAGGCAUUCCUGCGUGCGAGAUGCAGUGAUGUACCCGGCUUAUCUGGGAUACAAGCCUGAUUUGAAGCUUCACAGUGAUGAUAUUUCUGGCAUUCAAUCACUUUAUGGUAAGUUUUGCUAUUUAAUCUCCCGAUUUUGA